CAAUCACCAUGAGCGCGUGCACUGAGGCUGAAGCCGGCGCUUACCCGUCAAAGAACUAUCAAAGUGCAUGACUAGCAACACUGACUCUUGUUUCGAGCAUCGAGACUUGGUGGAAAAGAGAUGAGAUGCGCUUUGACAUAAAAGUCGGCCAUGCAAGCGAAGCCGACGAUUAGCCGGUGUACUUCCUUCCACAUUGCUGCAGGACCAUGAGUACACAGUUUUCAUCGACUAUGUAUUCGUUUUCCACAGCUCGUAUCAUUGGCCAGGUGUUUCCAUAUAUCAUAUACAGAACGUAGUGAGCAACACUCCUGCACGUUUUCCCCCACCUUACAGGCCUCUAUAUCUCCAAACACCGAAUGGCAACAUCGAGGGGCCAGAGCCGGAAGGUUAGAACAGCAUGCGAUCGAUGCUAUGAGCUCAAAGAGCGAUGUACACGUACCUCCAUUACGAUUGAGUGUAAGAGAUGCCAGAGAUUAGAUAUUAUCUGCUCAACCGUCCGUCCAGUAAAAAGAGCGGGGCGAAGACCACAGCAUCGAAAGCAAUCACUUCUUAGGACCACGCCAUCAUGUCAAUCCAGCAAUGCAGCAGCUGAUGCAGUUAAUAUUGCUAUGUGGUUACAGAGUGUAUCCGACCUUAAUCAAAAGGAGAAAGAACUCUUGACAUUCCUCCUUGGGCGGCCGGAAACUCUCGAUUGCUAUGUAGUAGGCUCUAGCUUCCAAGCUGCCGAGCAGCGCUCACUCAUGGCCCCUCUACCUGCUGCUUUACCCGUACUCAAGGAUGCCUAUCUCGCAUAUGCUGGUGCACUCAAGCUAUCACAACCCAGCAAUGUAACGGAAGUGGAUAAAGAGAUCGGUCUCCGCUAUGCAUCAUCUGCUAUGACAACGUUGAUGUCACUCCCUGUUGCGACCUUCCAGGACGCGAAUCUGUGUCUCACAUUGGGAACAGUGUUGGCAUUAUACGUGUACUCAGCCGUCGGUGUAGGCAUGGCGGACAUCUGUCAUUACUGCCUCAGUACAACCAGUUCAUUCAUCAAGACCGCAGGAUCAGAUACAGAAAUGGAUUCGUGGCAGAGUUUUCUUGUGCUGCUAGAGAUCAUGGACUGCGUGGUUCAUCGCCGCAGGCCAACGCUGAGAAUCCAGGUACAGACGCUCGAGAGUGUCGACCGCCACCUUGGCCUCUGUGUACCUCUGCUACCAUACUAUUAUGAUCUCUGUGUUAUCAGCCACACAUUAAGGAGUAGCGCUGACACAAGCUACUCGGUUCACAUCCAGAAACAAUUAGAUGGAAUCCACCAAGCUAUUGAAGAAUGGCAGCCAUCGCAUGGGGACUUGGUCGAUAAGUUUGAAGCGGCAGAAGUUGUCAAUCUCCUCGCUCAAGCAAAAGUCUACCGCUUAGCGGGACUGCUCAUCAGCCAUCGAUUACGAUAUGUAUUUGGGCAACAAGACCGCCAGGCCGACACUUGGUCGAAAGAGAUCAUGAUGGAGCUUGAACUUGCUCGCAAGUUUACGAAGCAGUCGAUUCGAUGUGUGACAAUGCCAUUUAUAGCUGCAGCUAUUGAGAUUCGAGAUCCUAGCGCACGUCUCAAGGCACUGAAAAAUGUCGAUGAAUAUGUUGAUCAAUUCACCCCAGUUGUGCAGGAGGCUACAAGGACAUUUUUAGAACGAGUUUGGCAUGAGCGAGAUGUGAAGAUUACGACGUGCUGGUUUGAUUCGCUGUCUAAACCAUGUGUUGUGUUGAAUUCCAUAGAUGCAGCUUGCUUUGGGUAGCUAGUAGUCUCAGAUGUAUCUUGCUUCACCCAAGGUCGUCGUCUAAGCGGGUUCAAACAAAUCAUC